CCGGGUGUAAGCGGUCCUGCUCCGUGGCGGCGGUGGUCUCCCAGACCGAGUUAUUAUUGUUAGGGUUCCUUUACUUUUAGUGUUGUUGAGGUUUCAGGCUAGAAGGUGCUUCAGGAUGUCUUCAUCACAUUUUGCCAGUCGACACAGAAAAGAUUUAAGUACUGACAUGAUUAGAGCCAAAAUUGCUCGUAGGAAAUCACUGUCUCAGAAAGAAAACAGAUACAAGGAAUACGAACGAAAUAGACACUUUGGUUUGAAAGACAGCAACAUUCCAAUCUUGGAACAUAGAAUUCUUGCUCCAUUAGAUGAGACGCCUCAAGAGCUUGUUCCAGAAAAGGCCAAUGUCAAGCCAAGGUCAGCUAAAUCUGUUCUAGGUGAUCAACGAAAACAAAUGCUACAAAAAUACAAGGAAGAAAAGCAACUUCAAAAAUUGAAAGAGCAGAGAGAGAAAGCUAAACGAGGAGUAUUCAAAGUGGGUCUUUAUAGACCUGAUGUGCCUGGUUUUCUUUUGUCUCUUUCCAAAUCAAAUGCUGUGAAAGCUGAGCCCAAAAAGGCUGUUUCAUCUUCUGUACGGAUUACAAGGUCAAAGGCCAAAGAGCAAAUGGAGCAGACCAAGAUAAAUAAUGGAAACAUUCGAGCAAUCCAGUCUGGUCAGAGGCUAACUUCUGAAAAGAAAGUGUUGGACAAAGAGAAAAAAGCAGUGAGGAUGACUCGAUCAGCUACUCAAGCAGCAAACCAAAUUGCCAGAACAGUCUCAUCUACCACAAUAAGAAAGCCAGUCUCAAGAGCUGCUAAUGGUAAUGAACUAGAAAGAAAAGCACCAAAUAAAGGAAGACCUGUCAAAAAGAUAGAAGCAAAACCUGACAAGGACAUUUCUUUUAAAGUUGAUAAUAAAGAAAACAUGUUGGAUUCACAAACCAGUGCAACAAAUGAAGUGGAUCCAGAUGGCACUUUAUCAAAAGUGGAAAAUUUACCUAAGACAAAUACCGCAAAAAUGAAAGGGAAGAAUUCCUUCGCACCAAAAGAUUUUACGUUUCAGCCACUGGAUGGUCUGAAGACCUAUCAAGCCACAACCAUGAUUCCCACAAGAGCCAAUGCUUUUUUGACACCUAGUUACACCUGGACUCCUUUAAAAGCCGAAGUUGAUGAGACUGAAGAAGCAAAAAAAGAAAUUUUGGCACAAAAAUGUAGAACUCACUGUACUGAGACAGUACAGCAAGAUUCAAAUACAGCACAGUGUCCUUUCGGUUCCCCAACAGUUUGGAAUAAAGAACAUGUCUUAAAUAAAAAUGAAACUGCUACUAAAAAUUCAAGUGGCCUCUUAAUAUAUGAAGUUCCAUCGCUUGAGAUAAACGAAGGUCAGAUAUCUCAGCCACAACAUGAUGUGCCAUACUUUAGAAAUAUUCUUCAGUCAGAAACUGAAAAAUUAACUUCACGCUGCCUUGAGUGGGACAAGAAGCUUGAAUUGGACAUUCCAGAUGAUGCUAAAGAUCUUAUUCGCACAACAGUGGGUCAAACGAGACUUCUUAUGAAGGAAAGGUUCAAACAGUUUGAAGGACUGGUGAAUGAUUGUGAAUAUAAACGAGGUGAAAAGGAGACUACCUGUACAGAUCUGGAUGGAUUUUGGGAUAUGAUUAGUUUUCAGAUAGAUGAUGUAAACAAAAAAUUCAACGAUCUGAGCAAACUUGAGGAAUCUGGGUGGCAGCAAAGUAAUAAUACAAGCAAAAAAGUUGUUCGGAAAAAAGUUGUGUCAAGUAUAGCAAGUAAACCAAAACAGGAUGACGGUGGAAGAAUCGCGGCCCGAAAUCGCCUAGCUGCCAUAAAAAAUGCAAUGAAAGAGAGAAUUAAGCAGGAAGAACAUGCUGAGGCAGCAGUCUCUGUAAUACCAAAGGAAGUUGAUAAAAUAGUGUUUGAUGCUGGAUUUUUCAGAAUUGAAAGUCCAGUUAAAUCAUUCUCAGGACUUUCUAUCUCUUCUGAACGUCUUUCUCAAAGACCUAGAACACCUAAGUCUGUUGGCAAAGCUGUGUUUCAGAGCAGGGCUGAGAUGAACCUUCUAAGACAAACUAUGACACCAGAGAAUCCUGAUCCUCAGAGCAUCAAAAGUGAACACAUUGUUGAUAAGACUUUGCUUCCAAUUAUUCCUGAAAACAGGAACAGCAUGGUAGAAGAUGCCCAGUGUCCCGGAUUACAGGAUUUAGUUGAAGUAAAUCAUGAUGCAAAUAAGAUAAACUUUGAGAUGGAUUGUUUACCCAGUGAAAGAAUGAAUUUGCUUCUACUUGCUGGUGAAGUAGCAGAUAAUACUAAAAAAAUGGAAGACAUGUCAGAUGUUAUGGAAGGAAUGGAACUGAAAUCUCCCAUUAUAGCACAAGAUGUUUUGAUGAGUAGCCCUGAAAAACACAUACCAUCACAAAAUAACAUCUCACAGGAGGAAGAAACUAAAAUUUCUUUGUGUCAAUCAGUACUGUUUGAUAAUAAAAGCCUCACAACUGAAUGCCAUCUUCUUGAUUCACCAGGUUUAAAUGGCAGUAAUCCAUUUGCUCAGAUGGAGGGGAGACAUCAAGAACAUGCCAGACACAUUUCCUUUGGUGGUAACCUGAUUGCCUUUUCACCUCUAAGGCCCCUCAGUGGAGAACAACCAGAAGAAUUUUGAAUUUAAAAGUAAAUCCAGAUUUUUUUCUUCAUAUUAUCAAUGCUGUGAUAUAGUCUUAGAAAUACUGAGAAUUUCAGGAAUAUGGAUUUGUGUUCACUUCUGUUCAACCCAGUUAUAUAUUGUCAUGUAAUAUUUAAAAAUUCUGUGUUCAUCAAAGUUUUAGAUAUGAUACUGUUUUUCAAGGGAAGUUGGGAUAUUCUGUACAUUACUAACUACACAGAAUGUAUAAACUUGAGGCUAAGUAUACUU